AAAGGAGGUUCCAUAAUUCUAUUCAUCUCGGCAGGCGUUCUUAGAAACAUGUUGUUGUCGAGGCAAUUUUCACACUACAUUACAGAAGACGAUAAAUAAAUCUUUCUGGACGUUUAGAGCAUUUAAACGCCAGUUCAAAAGUUUGAAUCCUGGUAGGUUUAAAGUGUUAGGCAAAUGAAAAUUCGAGAAAAAGAUUGAUACAGUUUUGAAAACGCGAGAAUGGCGGACGAAAAUAUCAAAGUUGCUGUGAGAGUUCGGCCUUUUAAUGGCCGUGAGAAAGGUCGCAAUGCUUUCAACAUUAUAGAGAUGCAAGGGCAAAACACACUCAUCAAGGACCCAGAAAAUCUUAGUGCUGAGCCAAGAAAGUUUACAUUUGAUUACAGUUAUUGGUCCCAUGAUGGCUUCAAAGAGCUGGAAGAUGGGUAUUUAGAGCCUGAUGACCCCAAGUACAGUGAUCAGAAAAAGGUGUUUAAUGAUCUUGGAGAGGGAGUUCUAAAGAAUGCCUGGAAUGGGUAUAACUGCUCUCUGUUUGCCUACGGACAAACAGGAUCUGGUAAAUCAUAUUCAAUGGUUGGAUAUGGAGCUAAUAAAGGUAUAGUACCCAUCACUUGUGAGAGACUGUUCCAAGGUAUUGAUGCUAAAAAGGAAGAAAAAUCAGAUAAAGAAUAUCAGGUUACUGUUAGUAUGCUUGAGAUUUACAAUGAGCAAGUCAGGGAUUUGUUGAAUCCUGCAACCCUGAAGCUUAAAGGAGGCCUCAAAGUGAGACAACAUCCCAAGCUCGGUUUUUAUGUUGAACAAUUAACAUCUCGACCAGUUGGAAGCUAUAAGGAUAUCGAUGCACAAAUUGAAUCUGGUACAAAAAGCAGAACAGUUGCCUCAACCAAUAUGAACGCAACUAGCAGCCGUGCUCAUACAAUUGUGGCGAUCAGCUUCAGUCAAAAAGGAGCCAAUGCUGCCGGCCAAAACACAACCAUGACGUCAAUCAUCAACCUGGUCGAUCUUGCAGGAAGUGAAAGAGCGGAUUCGACAGGUGCUACAGGGGACCGACUUAAGGAAGGAUCUGCGAUUAAUCAGUCGCUCUCUUCUUUGGGGAAUGUUAUUAAAGCACUGGCUGACCAAAGCACAGGGAAAAAGAAUGUGAUAGUUCCAUUUCGAGACUCCGUGUUAACGAGACUGUUAAAAAAUGCACUCGGAGGGAACAGUAAGACAGUCAUGAUUGCAGCACUCAGUCCAGCGGAUAUCAACCAUGACGAAACAUUGUCAACGCUUAGAUUUGCUGACAGGGCCAAAGCCAUCAAGACGAAAGCUAUUGUUAACGAAAGCCCCACCGAAAAAUUGAUCAGAGAACUACGUGAAGAAAAUGAGCGACUGCUGAAUGCGCUCAAAGCUGGUGGAAUCCCCCUUGAACAGCAACCACAGCAACAACAACAGCAACAGCAGCAACAGGGGGGAGUUUCAGAGGAAGAGGUAGAGGAAAUAAAAAAGGAAAUGGAAGACAGACUGCGGCAAAAUCAACUUGAGAUGGAAGAAAUGAAGAAAAGCUGGCAGCAACGACUCAUGGAACAGGAAGAGUCCUCAAAAGCUCAGGUGGCUGCCGUCAUGUCAGAGCAAGAGAAGCGAAAGACCACGGCGCAUUUUUGGAAUCUAAACGAGGACCCUCAGCUUACCAAUAUGGUCGUUCAUUUCGUUUCUCCAGGCUCUUCCCAAAUUGGCAACCAGAAAGCUGAUCCACCUCCUGAUAUUGUCUUGACCGGUUUAAGCAUACAAAAAUCUCACGCAUCGAUCACCCAUGAUGACAACACAAUCAAGAUUUCAGCUGGACCAAAUGCUAAGGUCGUCGUCAAUGGGGUCCAAAUUGUAGAUCCAACCAUUUUACACCACAAUGAUAGGGUAAUGUUUGGAUCUAAUCAUCUGUAUGUGUUGCACCAUCCACAUGAUCCUGAAAUAUUGAAAAAAAAAGAAGAAGCCAAAAAGAUUGGUGAAUCCGCCCCAGAAGAGCCGCCGACAUAUGAAAAAGCACAAGAGGAAAUUGCCAAGAAUUCUGGAUUCUAUGGUGGUCUUCAGGAUAAUAACAAGUCUUCUAAAGAUGAUCUGAUACUCCAAGAAGAUUUACUGAAAGUUCUACCGAUGAUAAACGAAGCAAAUGCAAUGAGUGAAGAAUUAAACAAAAAGGUUUCCUUUGAGCCUGUGCUCGUUUCUCCACAAGCAAGAGGACUUAAAAGUGGCCGCACUGAAGUGAAAGUCAAGAUGAAAAAUCUCGCGAACGACAAUGAAUGGUUAUGGGAUAAGAACAAAUUCAUUAAUAGAAAAUAUAUAAUGCAAGAACUGUAUCAAAAUUUCAUGGACGGUGACGAAUGGGAAGUCAGUCAGGAGAAAGAUCCAUUUUGGGAACCUGCUGAUGCUGAUGUUAUGAUUGGUACAGUUCAUGUUUACCUUUCAAGCCUGGGCUUUAAGAUUGAAUUAGAAGAGAACCUUGCCAUUGCGGACUACAAAGGAACUGAACUUGGCCACCUCAAGGUAGAGGUCGAACCUUGCAACAAAAAUGGUUCGUCGUUAGAUGAUGACGAUUUUCUUGAGGAUCCAAGUGAAAUGAUUGGUGGAAACCUAAAUUUCAAAGUGAAAAUUCCAAGUGCAAGAGGCUUGCCACAAAAGUUUUCCAAGGGUGAAACAUACUGUAAAUACAAGGUUUAUCUUGACAAAGAUUAUAAUGUCACAGAGAAGAUAAAAAGGACGAUUAACCCAGAUUUCAAGCAUGAGAAGUUAUUCGUCUUUUCACCUGUCACUAAACAGUUUUUAGACUACUUGAUGCAACAGCCACUCGUUGUUGAAGUAUGGGGCAAGCAGUCCGAUUCUGAUGGUGCAAAAAACAACAACAAUGACUCGAAGAGGGAAAAAAUGAGCACAAAACAGCUGAUGAAUGCAAAUAGCGUGUCGAAAGCAAAUGUCAUCAACAAAUCAGUAAGAGAUGACGAUGAGAAAUACAAAACAUUGAGCGAGCUCAGUUCAUUGAGGAAAAGGAACCAGAGGCUGAAUUCUAGGAUGGUUCGUUUAAGAGAAUUAAUCGACAAGGCAAAGGCUCAGAAUCAAACGACUUUAGAUCUAACAAAGGUAGAUGAGAUCGUGAAUGGGACAGAUGCGACAGAUCUUGUACGUUUUAAAGCUGCAGCUGAUGUGGUGAAAAUUACAGAGAAAGCAAAGAAAAAUAACGACGGAAAAAUCACAAGUUCCGCCUGCACAUUGCAGUGAGUAGUGCAAGAGAGCUUGGUGUGUGAUUAAACUUUUCUAAUGCGACAAAGCUUUCAGGUUUUGUGUAAAUUUGGAGUAGACUUGGCAACUAGCUCUUACAUAAAUUCACUUUCUACACAACAACACGUGUCCUGCUCUGACCCAGGAUCUAUGCAAAGGAGAGAGCUUAUUUCUGCCGGAAUCCUCAACUGCGUCAUAACGUAAAACAUCUCACGAGAGUUUAAAAUUUUGUUUUAUCAUUUUUCGAAGAUAGUUAAGAAAUCUCUUUGCAUUGGUUUAGCUUGAAAAUUUAUUCAUAAGGUGACAAAGUUUAAGUAAUUGUCCAACUUAAGUACCAUUUGUCACUAUAUUCCCUUUUAAACUUCGUACCCUCAUUGACCAAUGCUAUAUCAAUUGAAUUGCGUAUCCAGAGAGGCUUCACGGGUAUGGACGCCCCUUCCCCCCCCCCCAAAACAUACCCAUAGAAUAAUUAAGCAAAAAGCUUAAGAUUUGUUUUUUCACUCCACGUAUUUUUCCAACCAUUGACUAUCCCCGCAAUAUCACAAUGAUAACAAUGCUUUACUGAUGUCGAAAGGAACGAGGGGCAACUCACUCUUGCAAGUAGCGUACGAGAUUUUCCCUGAAACAAAAGGAUUUUUGGGGAUUUCCAGAUAAAACAAUAGGAUUUCCACUAAAGGUGUACGAGAUUUUUUGAAGUGAUUUGCCCCUCGUAAAUUACAUUUUUCGACAAUGCUUUACUGAUGUCGAAAAGCACUGCAUGGCACGUUUGAUGGACAUAGCUUCACUAUUUAUACUCCGGCUACGCCACUUCAGGAUAAUCAUUUCUAUAGGCAACUUGGUUAUAAAUAAUCAUCUCAUUGGUAUUCAAAGUUGUUGUAGUAUUUCUUUGUCAAUCGAAAUAUGUAAUUUAUUUCUUAGCAAACUAAACGACAGUAGGGCAAUUUUAACGAUCAAAGACUUGUAUAGAAUAUUACUAAAUUAUAAGAUUGAAUUUAGCUGCUUUAGAAAUAACUUUUUUCGAUAUUUAUUUAUUGCAAUUUGGUUACUUGCAUCGAAGAAUUAAUUUAGUAUCUAAGAUAUUGUAGAGUCGUAUUUGCUUGGAAAUUAACAAUAUCACUGACUAAUGAAUCAUUCAUAUAAAUUGUACAUAUUGGUCUAGCAACAUUACAAUAAUCUCACUGAA